AUGCCUAUUCCUCGUAUAUUUUCGAUACCGAUAAAGGAAAAGAAAAGCAUCGAUGGCGAUACUGUUCUAAUCACUGGUGCCGGUAGUGGAGUAGGACGCAGUUUGGCCGUCCAGUUUUCGAAGCAUUCUACUAGUUUAGUGUUACUGGACAUCAAUACGAAUUCUUUGCUCGAAACGAAAAAACUCGUGAAUCAGAAAUCGAAAGUUUUUAUUUACAAGUGUGACGUUUCUGCCAGGAAAUCUGUGUAUGAAGGCAGAACGAUUAAGAAAGAAGUCGGGAAAGUUGAUAUACUGGUCAACAAUGCAGGUAUAGUUCGAAAGCCUUUUAUGGAACUGACAGAUGAACAAAUACUGAAGACCAUGCAGGUGAAUGCUUUAGGUCAUUUCUGGAUGUGCAAGGCGUUCCUUCCGUCCAUGAUGGAAUGGAACAAAGGCCACAUCGUCAGUAUUGUUAGCAUCGCUGGUGUCUUUGGUGGACCCAAGCUGACUGAUUACUGCGCCAGUAAAUUCGCUGCUCUUGGUUUUGCGGAAUCUUUGGAAUUGGAACUGAAAGAACAAGGAUUGGACGGCAUCAAAAUUACCACAAUAUGUCCGUCCCUGAUAACAACUGGGUUGUUUGAAGGUGCUGACGUCAAAUCUAUGCACACUGCUCUAACUCCAGAUUAUGCUGCUCAACAAAUUGUGAAUGCGGUUUUAGAAGAUGAAGAAUUUCUAUUCCUUCCAAGAUCAUUCUAUUUCAUGUUUCUAUUGAAAGGGCUCGUUCCUCACUACAUUGGAGUCAGAUUUUAUGAAUUGACUGGAUUUAUUAAAUCUAUGAACACGUUCAAGGGAAGAAUCACUUUCAACAAUAAUUUACCAUCCAAGCAAGAAGCCAAAGAAAAAUGAAGCUUGCUUCCGUUACAGUCUCCAAUUGCUUUUUGUGAAAAUCUUUGCCAUAUGUGUUAAUGUUGCUUCCUUCCUUUCAGCACUGGCCCAAUGUUUUCUCAUGUUAUUUAAUAAAAUGUUUUGAGUGUA